AUAGUGCAACCUACACAUGGCGUGUUUACUUUUUGAGAAGAAAGAACUCUUGACAGAAGAAAAUGUAUUCUUCAAGCCUCGUAUAAACUCAUUUGAGCCAAACCAUGGCUUGUGAACUACAGUUUAAAUAAAAAAGAAGAAAGAGAAAAAAACGCAUCAUGGUUGGCAGACAUACGUCCUCAGUUGGAGUUAGUCGCCGCAGCCAGUCUUUCUCGGGAUCAAGUUUAGGGAGGAGGCCAAAAAGACGUGCUCCAAUCAAAGCUUAUGAUGACACGGUCGGCCUGUCAAGAAAAGAGGAGAGGGAACUGAAGAAGGCACUGUAUGCCUCUCUACAGGACAGUCGGCGACUGUCGAAAGCAUUUGACAUUCAUGUACCAACCCCUGUUCCCGUGGCUCACCCGACGAGGCAGAGUGUGAAACACUCCAGCAGUGCCGUGUCUUCUGCACCUGUCGCUGCACCGGUCACCCCGGUCAGGACCGUCACUUCAAGGUUAACUCGGAGUCUCACCGAGGAGAGGAACCAGGAAGCGGCUAAAUCAGCCGACUUGAAGAAAGCCAAAGUUCGUGCUCAGAGGAAAUUUGCUGAGGGUUCUCUCCCUUGCACUCCAAAUACAACGCCAGUAAAAAUAAAUGAAAAAGUUUCACCAGUGAAGCUUUUCACGAGAACAGCCAAGACAGAGGAUUUUCUAACAUUUUUGUGUAUUCGAGGAUCACCGCUCCUUCCUCGACACCUGAAUUUCUUUAACUUCUCUCGACGAGGGCAGACUCAGGCGCUGAAUGAUUCUCAAACCACUGAGGCAUCGCAUGUGGUGGGCAAGGACCCAGGUGUGACAAGGGAGAGCACCCCGGAGUCGUCUAGUAUAAGCAGCAAUAUGAACGACGAGGUCUAUGAUACAAGGACUCCGUCACCAGUCAAUCACGUGCCGGUGACGAGGACCGGAACCAGUGCAAGUCGUAAAGCGGCGCGAGCAAGCGCCAGCACCCCAGAGACGGCCCGCGGUAUCGUGAGUCUCCGCCAGGGAUUCUGUACACCGCAUCGAGGCAAGCUGAUGUACGCCGACAAGACCCCGUCCCCGGGACAGAGGGGGCGGUUUUCACGAGGUCACAUCUCACGGCGCGUGUCUGCGAUGAAGAGUCUCUCGCCACACUUCUCUAAGAUAUCGCAGAGGAAGAGGCUGCAGCAGAAGUCUGCACUGAACCGUAUGAAAAAUAAUUCACAUCACUCCAGGCGGAAUGAGGAUACGAACAACGUCCCAGUUACACGGGGCAAAUUAAAGAACAAAUCUCUUGAGUUGCUGGAUCCAACAGUCAAACUGAUAGAAAGAAGAAAAAAAAGUGCAGCAGACAGAAAAUCUGAUUAUGAAAGAAAACCGUCAGAAUUGGACCGAAAAGAAACAUCCACUCAGAUCAAUGGCAAAAAGGAUAGUAAUCAGUCAAAAGUAGCAACAAAAAGGAGUCUCUCGGACCAGAAAAGUAAAACUGUCGCUGAAAAAAACAAGCGACAGAAUAUAAUCAGGAAAUCUAAACUUUACCAUGGGAAAAAAGCAUUUCAAAAUUCCAAGUUAAAACGUCUUGCUUCCAACAAGAGGACUUUACCGCUGCGUCGAUCAAGCGCAAGAAUACAGGAACUAACGACAGCGAUAAAGGCGAGACAGAGACGCCAACCGCCGUGCUACAUCAUGUCCGAUUCCGAGGAAGGAGAACCCUUCGAUGAUGAAGACAGGAAAGAUGAGACCUUUGUGGUGCCGGGGAAUGUGAUUGAGACAACCAAAAUGACGAUGCUGACACGUUCCCGACAGGAGAAGAGUUCGCCAUCAAUCGAGGAUUCGUUGUGCGCUGAUAACGUGGCUGUAAGACAGAGGAUGGACAUGGUGAAGAAAGUCGACAAGGUGUCCACUCAGAGAGACCAGCUGAAGCUAUCCAAGAUGAUUGAGAGACGACGCAAACUCAGAAAGGAUAGCUCGGGUUCAUCGACAAAUGAGUCACCAACCAAGAGGGCAAGAAAAUCAUCAGUUGAAAAACCUGCAGAUUCUUCGAGAAAGAGUUCGCAGCUUGAGCCAUUUCCAAAACCGGAGCAGCCGUCUCGUAUUGUGGACGUUCCGGUGUUCCACCCGACGGAGGAGGAUCUGAGUAAUGUGGUGUCGUAUAUCGAAAGUCUCCGGUCCGAGGCCGCGCCAUACGGCAUGUGUAAAGUCAUCCCGCCUCCAGCCUGGAAGGUUGAGUCCAAAGUGAAUGAGGAAAUUCGAUUUACAGCCCAAGUCCAGUUCAUUCAUAAACUCUUCAAGAGGUGGGGACCCAGUGUGCAGCACACAGCUUGUAUCCGUAGACACCUGCAGACUAUAGGGGCAGCACUGGAACCUUCACCUCAGAUUGGUGGUGUGGAAGUUGACCUGUCCAAACUGUCACAGACCAUCCAGGAGUUUGGAGGGAUGCAGAACAUGGUUGACAAAAAGAAGUGGAACAAAGUGGCAGACGCUAUGAAAAUACCUAAACUUGCUCAGGACCGGUGCACCAAGCUGUAUGAUAUCUACUGUAAACACCUGCUGCCUUACGACACCCUGUCUCUAGAGGAGAAACACAGACUGGAGCAGUCCGUUAUUGCCGACCAUCAGCGCAAAGAAAAAACCAAAAUGGAUGAUGAGGAGGGAAUUGUCAAGGGUAAAUCGAAUUCACUGAGUGUGUUUAUCAGGGUUGCACGGAACGUCCAGUCUAUGUGGUACAAGGAUGAACCGACACCCGAGCAGGUGGAGUUUGACUACUGGAGGGUCGUUGAAGAGAGAACCAACCAUGUUGCUGUGCAGUGUGGCCAUGUCAACAUCAACACACAGGUGCCAUCCUCGCCAGCAAAGAAAGAUAACUCCAGUGCCAGACAUGCUUGGAGUUUGGCAGAUCUGUUUCACCAUCCAGAUAACUGUUUGAACUGUCUCGGACCAGUUUCAGGUGUAACAAUUCCGACUAUGCACAUUGGGAUGACAUUCUCUACCUCUUGCUGGUGCUCUGAUACUCACAACCUGCCUUACAUACAGUAUCUACACACUGGUGCCUCUACCAUCUGGUAUUCCAUUCCAAAACAGGAAGAAAGGAAUUUUAAGCGUGCAAUGACCGACUUGGUUCCUAGUCUAGUUUCUGACCAGCCCCGCUGGCUGAAAGAAGAUAUCACAAUGGUAAACCCCAAACUUCUGGCGAUGCGUGGCGUGUCUGUGGGUCGGUGUGUACAAAAACCACGAGAGUUUUUAGUCGUGUUUCCUCACUCGUACACUGCAACCAUCUGCUGUGGGUACAACGUGUCGGAGUCAGCACACUACGCAACACGACAGUGGAUCAGUAAUGGUUUACAUGUGGCUGAGAGUCUUAAUAAAAGCAAAGAAGCGGAAUUAUUUGCAUUUGAAGCUCUCUUGUUCCACCUGGCUCAGGAUGCAAACACGGAUAAAGAAACACUCAAAGUUCUCCUGUCUCCACUCAAGAAAACAAUAGACAAGGAGAUUUCUCAGAGGAAACAGCUGUCUGAAGCCGGCCUGCGGACGUGGCGGCGACUGACGAUGCCUGAAGACACCUCUCCACAGUCAAGGAAGAAAUCCAUGGAACCCGUGGAGGAGAAGUCUUGUGAGAUGUGCAAGAAGAUCUGCUUUCUCUCCAUGGUAAUGAACGAAGCGGACCACACUGUGUACUGUCUGGACCAUGGUCUACCUCACAUACAGAAGAAAAGAAACCUAAAGAACUGUAAACUGUCGUACCGCUUCUCAGAGGAAGAAAUGAAGACCGUUUUGGAUGGAGUGCAGACCAGACAGGAGGGAUGUACAACAGAAUCUGCAGCAAAGAAAAGACUGAAAAAACAAGAUGGCAGAUCUUAAGACUAGAUGGCGUUGCUCAAAUGACGAUUUUUAUACUCAUCAAUUUUCUUCUGGUCCCUUGUGAAGAAACCAGAGAUUACCAUUACUUAGAAUGUCUUCAAUCUACCAAAUGAAGAAACAGAAAUGAUGAGAUGGUGAAACAUAGAUGCAGAUGAUGAUGUUCUCAAAGUCUUAUGUUGAGACCCAUCCGGUUUUUCUGUACAGUAUUUUGAAUCCUCAAUUGGGGGGGAAGCAAAAAUACAAAGAAAUAAAAGAAAACAGAAAACCCUAUACACAAACAAACAGUAAGAUAGAAAAUUAAUACUGCAGAUGAUUAAUUCUGGAAUAACAUUUUAUACUUUUGUAUAUUAAUGUAAUUAUGGAGAACCUGAUGUUUUUUUUAAUGUUUUUUUUCGAUUUGCUGAUCACUGCCAAAUAUUAUCGUAACAUUAAUUUCUGUGUGAAAUUUGAGUCUAUUGCUCACAAGGUGCUCUGCAGUGGCUCUGACCAACAAACCGAACCACGUUUUGUAACUGGGUUUGUGCAAAAUGAGGCAUAUUCCUCAUGCUGGCAUCUCUCUAGUUUUACAGAUUUGUACAAGUAUUUUAAUUAUUGAUUUACAUUUGAUAUUGCUUCCCAUACAGCGUAUAAUCAAAUUUCCUAGUUGUAUAUUUUGUAGAAUGUAUAUUUUUGAAAUCAGAUGUUCAUCAGGCGAUUAAUCAUUCUAAAUAAUGUAAUUCACUGCUAUGAAAUGAAAAUCUUAUCUUACUGUCUACACUGCUUCGGAAGAACCGGGGGUCAUACCGGGGGGUGGGGGUAAUGACUUGUUGAUGAGUAGCACCUCUCAAAUAAAAUCUUUAAAACGUUUCCUUUUUUAGUUUAUUAAAAAGCCUUUUUUGUCCACCUAGUGAAGCAUCUCUGUUACUAUGCCCCGAUUGUUUUUGUCCACCUAGUGAAGCACCUGUUACUAUGCCCCGAUUGUUUUUGUCCACCUAGGGAAGCAUCUCUGUUACUAUGCCCCGAUUGUUUUUGUACUACCACCCCCUUUCUGUAGGUACCCCCCCCCCUCACUGUAGGUGGGUACAGCCCUGAGAAUCCAUUAGUAGAUCUGUCAUUUAUGACCAGGUGACCUUCCAUUGGUAUCAGCCAUUCCAAAAACACCGUGUGGCUUGUUUAGCUGAUGUGGUGCCGUGAUUAAGCCAUCGGACAUAAGGUUGGUAGGUACUGGGUUUGCAGCCCGGUACCGGCUCCCACCCAGAGCGAAUUUUAACGACUCAGUGGGUAGGUGCCCUCUUCUCUAUCACUUGACAACUAACCUACUAUCCUGGACAGACAGCCCAGAUAGCUGAGGUGUAUGCCCAGGACAGCAUGCUUGAACCUUGGAUAUAUGCAUGAAAAUAAGUUGAAAUAAAGCUGGUGUCAAGUUAAUGCCAGCAGGGUUUUGAUUGGAUCUAUCUGCUUUCGGUUAGAUUAGAAAUCACAGAUAUGUACAUUUAUUUGAAUUUAUCCUGCAACCACUGUUUCUAUUGGCCAGUUAUGACCAAUUAAAGCAAACUCAUAAAUGCAUACUAGCAGAUUAUGACUUUUGACAUCACACAUGUGAUCACUGAUGCCAGAUUAUUGCUCAUUUGACCUCUAGGUCAUCGUACAAUGUAGCUGAAAUAACAGCUUUUCAAUUGAAUGUUUAUGGACUGCAGGAUAAAGAUAAUAACUAGUUAAUGACGUAGAAUAUGGGUUUUAUCCUGUUCAGGCCGAAUGGGAAAUUUCGCUCAGCUUUAUGUAUUCAUUAUUUGGUAGAAAUAUGCUUUUCAGUGUUCAAGUUUCAAGUCGGAUCCUGAUUAUUGACUAUUGUAGUCCUUCCUGGCAGUGAACACCAUUUUCUUACUAUGGACUGGUAUGCACUACAAUCUUAUCUGUUUCUGAAGAGAUUGUUUUUUAAUUUUGCACUCAAAAAUAAUGUUUUUGGUUUUUUUGUUAUUUCCAAAACACUUCUACUUUUCUUCUUCAGUCAAAUAAAAGUGAAAUUAUUUACAAAUCAAAUGUUCAUAGAGACUGGGAAGGUCUAUAUAGGUUUUGGUUUUUUUUUUAACUCUGAAUUUGCUGUGAAAUGUUUUGCAAAAAUCACCAUAGACAAUAGUUUUUCUGGCAGCACAAAAACAAAAAGAAUUUUUGUGUACAGACAUCUUAGCCUAUAUAACAAUUUUGCCAUGAAGACAUCAUAGUCCAAUUUAGAUGUAGUAGUCUUGUAAUGUUUUUAUAAAAACGUGUACAGUGGCCCAGGUCUAAAUCGAAUGAGGCUCUGCUCCAGUAGUGUUGAUUUUCUUGUGCUCCUGGCAGUGACAUAUCAAAUACAUGUGUACAUCAGUGUGAGGUUGUGUAGUAUCUGUAAUCAUCAGUCGAGUGUUGUUUACACACCGGCCAAGUUCCUUAAAGACUCCAUGUCAAGAUUUGUGAAUAUACCAAACAGUAAAACUGUCAUUCUGGUGAAUAAACUGUGUCAUUGGU